CAUUCUCAGCCGGGCAAGUUCUGUUGCGCCUCAUGGCUCAUUGUCUCCCCUUGUUGCUGUUGUGUCUCUAGCAGGAUCCUGAGAUCGCAUGUUGGAAGCGACACUGGGGCUCCGUAUAUGGAAAUUGUGGGGUGCAGAGCAGACGAAAGUGCCUAUCCAUUCCGGCCAGCAGCAGCCAUGCUCUUCCACGGGAUCACCGGGGGCCACAUCCAAGGAAUCAUGGAAGAGAUGGAGAGGAGGUCAAAGUCGGCCGACAGCCGCUUGGCCAAGAGUAUCCAAGUCAAUAGCAGAGAAACUAGGAUGCCUUCCCUGAAUCCUGAGAAGCCUACACUGUGCGCUGGGUGUGGGGGCAAGAUCUCAGACAGAUACUACCUCUUGGCUGUGGACAAGCAGUGGCACCUGCGCUGCCUGAAAUGCUGUGAAUGUAAGCUGACCCUCGAGUCGGAGCUGACUUGCUUUGCUAAGGAUGGCAGUAUAUAUUGCAAGGAGGACUAUUACAGGUUUUCGGUGAAGAGGUGUGCCCGUUGCCAUCUUGGCAUUUCAGCCUCAGAGAUGGUAAUGAGAGCACGGGAGUCCGUCUACCACCUGAGCUGUUUUACCUGCACAACCUGUAACAAGACCUUAAGCACCGGGGAUCAAUUUGGCAUGAAGGAAAACCUUGUCUACUGCCGGAUUCACUUUGAGCUUCUUGUCCAGGGGGACUUCCAUCAGCAGCUAAAUUACACGGAGCUCUCAGCCAAGGGUGGGGGAAUAGCCGCCCUGCCGUAUUUCAGCAAUGGGACAGGCACAGUGCAAAAAGGGAGGCCAAGAAAGAGAAAAAGUCCAGCGUUAGGUGUGGACAUCAUGAACUACAGUUCAGGUUGUAAUGAAAAUGAGACCGAUUUGGAUCGGGACCAGACAUACCCUCCUUCUCAGAAGACGAAGCGCAUGAGAACCUCUUUCAAACAUCACCAGCUCCGUACAAUGAAGUCCUAUUUUGCCAUUAACCAUAAUCCAGAUGCAAAAGAUCUGAAACAACUGGCCCAGAAAACUGGAUUAACAAAGAGAGUUCUGCAGGGAGAACAAUGUUCGGGGUUUAACAGCCAUACAACCCGGCGUUUGAAAAUUCCCUAAAGUAUUUAAAGAAGGGGAAAAGUUUGAUCGGGAAGUCUACUGCAGUGAAGACAAAGACAAAAAAUUAGCCAAAAAUUUUAAAAAUUUAAAUCUAUAUAUAUAAAAAAGAACUUCUAUGUCAUUUUUUGGAAUGUUCAAGCACAUGCUUUUUUGUAUGUAUGAUAGGAGUUCUAACAUUGUACCCUGAUAAAAUGAGGGAAGGAUGUUAAGCUAUUACAGUUUUAACGCCAUUUUCAUAUGAAUGCUUCGGAUUUGUUGAUAAAAUGAUACAAAACUGUGUGAUUUUUUUUUUGCCCGCAAAAAAUGUGUAUAUAUCAUGGAGCAACCUGGCAUUAAUAAACCUUAUACAGUUUUGAUGCAGAAUUUAUCAAAAUUUUGUUUAGACUCAAGCACAACUGAAGAUUAAUUUAAAUGUAAAAAUAGCACUCUACAACCACGCUUGCAAAAAUGUAUUCUUCACAAAUGUGAAAUUGCAAAAGUGUAUUCUUCACAAAUGUGAAAUCCCACUCUAUUUGUGCCUGUUUAUUUAAAGUUAUUGUUUUACUUAUAGGUUCUGUUCCAUGUAGCAGAAAUAGACUGAAUUAUAAUCCGACACAAUAACAAAAUGACUGUGGUCUUGUAGACCUAAUUCUUGUGUGUAGCAAAUUAACUUUACAUCUCUAAAUUAUAUAAAAAUAUGUAAAUGCUUACACAAGGAGAAAACAUACACUGUUGUCGCUAUUAUAUUAUUCAACAUAAUGUGAAUUGUCCAUAGAAUGGACCUCGGAAAUACAGACCUAGUCAUUUGUUUGAGCCUUUACAUUACCGGAGUGCAGAAUGUGCAGAAUACUCUAUUUCUUUUUAUGGUCUUCACAUGGAGCUUAAAUGUGGCCGAGUUUUGUGCAAUUACUCCAGCUGCAGCAGUGGGGAUCCUGCUCUUAGGAAAAAAUGUCAUUUGGGCAUUCUGAGUAGGAAUAUUAUUACACCAAAGCAUAGAUGCAAUAUAAACAAAAAUAAAAGCGGACUGCAUGGGACAAAACUAUAAAGGAGAAUUAAAAUCUGCAUGACAUCUUAUGCUUUCUUUUUCUCUGUAUGUGUGAAUCCCUAACUUACAAUGAUGUUUUCUGUAAAAUACAGUUUUCAUGAAUAAAUACAUCAUCUGAUGUAGACAUAA